GGAACUUUGUAGACCGAUAAACUGUUUCCUCGAGAGUUAACUGAAAGGGGAAAAGAAAAUGGGAUCCUUAGAUCCACCCUCAAAUGCUCAUGGCGGCAAAACCCUAAUUCACGAUGACGUCGAAGAUAAUAGGCAAAUCACCGGAGAUGUUCGAUCAGAGCUUUCUCCGGCGUCCAAUGGCGACGUCGGAAGUCCGCUGGAGAACGGAGGUUUGAAGAGGAGGAAGGUGGGAGUGCUCCCUUUAGAGGUGGGCACUCGCGUCAUGUGCCGUUGGCGGGACUCGAAAUACCAUCCAGUUAAGGUCAUUGAGCGUCGGAAAGUUUUUAGCGGUGGACCUAAUGACUACGAGUACUAUGUUCAUUACACCGAAUUCAAUAGGAGGCUUGAUGAGUGGGUUAAGCUUGAUCAGCUUGAUCUUGAUUCGGUGGAGGCUGUUGUUGAUGAAAAAGUAGAGGAUAAGGUUACAAGCUUAAAAAUGACUCGACAUCAGAAACGUAAGAUUGAUGAGAUUCAUGUGGAGGGUCAUGAGGAGCUGGAUGCGGCAAGUUUACGUGAGCACGAGGAAUUUACUAAAGUAAAAAAUAUAGCAACCAUUGAGCUUGGUAGAUAUGAGAUUGAGACAUGGUACUUCUCUCCGUUUCCACCGGAGUACAAUGACUGUGUGAAGCUGUACUUUUGCGAAUUUUGCCUCAAUUUCAUGAAGCAUAAAGAACAACUACAGAGGCAUAUGAAAAAAUGUGAUCUUAAGCAUCCCCCUGGCGAUGAGAUUUACCGGAGUGGAACGUUGUCAAUGUUUGAGAUUGAUGGCAAGAAAAACAAGGUUUAUGGGCAGAAUCUGUGUUAUUUAGCAAAAUUAUUUCUUGACCACAAGACUCUUUAUUAUGACGUUGACCUUUUUCUAUUCUAUGUUCUCUGUGAAUGUGAUGAUCGAGGGUGUCACAUGGUCGGGUAUUUUUCCAAGGAAAAACACUCAGAGGAAUCCUAUAACUUGGCCUGUAUUCUUACUCUUCCUCCAUAUCAGAGAAAAGGCUAUGGCAAAUUCCUUAUUGCAUUUUCUUAUGAACUUUCUAAGAAGGAAGGUAAAGUUGGCACACCCGAAAGGCCACUCUCAGAUCUGGGGCUGUUGAGCUAUAGGGGUUACUGGACACGUGUUCUUCUGGAUAUCUUGAAGAAGCAUAAGGGAAACAUAUCUAUCAAGGAGCUCAGUGAUAUGACAGCCAUAAAAGCGGAGGACAUUUUAUCUACUCUCCAAAGUCUGGAACUGAUCCAGUAUCGCAAAGGGCAACACGUCAUAUGUGCAGAUCCAAAGGUUUUGGACCGUCAUCUAAAAGCUGCCGGGCGUGGUGGUUUGGAUGUGGAUGUUUCCAAACUGAUCUGGACCCCUUAUAAGGAGCAAGGCUAAUGAAUGGUGAUGGUUUCUCUUUAUUGCCCCCCACAUUAGCUGAUGUAAAUUUCACUCCAAGUUAAGGUUAGCCAAGUAGGAACUCAGAGAGCUUGCUGCAUUACUUACCCAUGUAAAAUAUUCCAAAAAUGUAUGUAAAACUGUAUUUUCUGGUAAUAAUCCAUCUGUUGCAAUGAUUUCAGAGUCGAUACAA